UGUCUCAUUGGUCCGCGCAGUCGGGACUUCAGCGGCUUUUCUCCUAGUGCUCUAGGCGCCGACCGUCUUCUCUUCCGCCAACCGAGCGCUCUCUUUCCUCCGAAGUCCCCGGAGCUGCCCACCCGAAGUGUCCGGACCGAGCUAAGCUGGGUGACUGCACUGAGGCACCAUGACGACCCUGGAUGAUAAGUUGCUGGGGGAGAAGCUGCAGUACUAUUACAGCAGCAGUGAGGACGAGGACAGCGACCGCGAAGUCAAGGACAGCAGCAGGGGUGCCCUGGCUGGCGGGUCGAUGCCUGCAGACACUGAGUUGGCAGGCGAAGGCAUCUCAGUUAACACAGGUCCAAAAGGUGUGAUCAAUGACUGGCGCCGCUUCAAACAGUUGGAGACAGAGCAAAGGGAGGAGCAAUGCCGGGAGGUGGAAAGGCUGAUCAAGAAGCUGUCAAUGACCUGCAGGUCCCAUCUGGAUGAAGAGGAGGAGCAACGGAAGCAGAAGGACCUCCAGGAGAAGAUCAGUGGGAAGAUGACUCUGAAGGAGUUUGCCAUGGUGAAUGAGGACCAAGACGAUGAAGCGUUUCUGCAGCAGUACCGGAAGCAGAGAAUGGAAGAGAUGCGGCAGCAGCUUCACAAGGGGCCCCAAUUCAGGCAAGUUUUUGAGAUCCCCAGUGGAGAAGGGUUUUUGGACAUGAUUGAUAAAGAACAGAAGAGCACCCUCAUCAUGGUCCAUAUCUAUGAGGACGGCAUCCCGGGGACCGACGCCAUGCACGGUUGCAUGAUCUGCCUUGCUGCAGAGUACCCAGCUGUCAAAUUCUGCCGGGUGAAGAGCUCAGUUAUCGGGGCCAGCAGUCGCUUCACCAGCAAUGCCCUUCCUGCCCUGCUGAUUUACAAGGGGGGCGAAUUGAUUGGCAAUUUUGUUCGAGUCACUGACCAGCUAGGGGAAGAUUUCUUUGCCGUGGACCUUGAAGCUUUUCUGCAGGAGUUUGGAUUGCUCCCAGAAAAGGAAGUCUUGGUGCUGACGUCUGUGCGUAACUCUGCCACCUGUCACAGUGAGGAUAGCGAUUUGGAAAUAGAUUGAACUGAUAAUCUCCUGGCAUGGAUUUCUCAUUGUUUGGGCUGGAAGGCACAUGUCUUGUGUGUUUAUUUUUGUUCCUUCCUGUGUCUGCUGGCUUUGCAGCUGUUCUUUGUAGUCCCUUUUAUUAUAUGUAGACUCAAGAAAUUCUCAGAUUAAA